AAGCAGCGAGAGGUAUAUAAAAGAGGUAAAGCGAGAGGAACGGCACGAAGGAGCUUCAUUCCGUUUCGUCAGGAGUUCGGGAUAGAGGCUGAUCUUACGAACACCCUUGCAUCACCAUGGCUAACUCAACUGGACCGCAGAUGGCUUUCUACGGAGCUCAGGAUAUGUCGAACUAUGGAUAUCCCGAGGGUGUCAGUAUCGUGGACUUUGUUAGGCCUGAAAUCAAGCCACACGUCCACCAGCACUGGUACAACUUCCCCCCCGUCAACCCCAUGUGGCACUACCUCCUUGGUGUCAUCUACCUGUGCCUUUGUGUCAUCUCCAUCAUUGGGAACGGCCUGGUGAUCUACCUUUUCUCCAAAUGCAAGGCCCUCAGGACUCCCGCUAACAUCCUCGUGGUGAACCUCGCAUUUUCUGACCUCAUCAUGUUGACCACCAACGUUCCCUUCUUCACCUACAACUGUUUCAAUGGUGGUGUCUGGAUGUUCAGCUAUGCCUACUGUGAGAUCUACGCUACGCUGGGUGCUUUCACUGGAACGAACUGCAUCUGGUUGCUAUGCAUGAUCUCCUUUGAUAGGUAUAACAUUAUCUGCAAUGGUUUCAAUGGACCCAAGCUGACUACCGGAAAGGCCAUCUUCCUGACCAUGGUCAGCUGGGCCAUCUCUAUUGUCUGUGCUGCUUCUCCCCUCUUCGGUUGGGGCAGGUACACCCUGGAGGGUAUCCUGACUUCCUGCAGCUUCGACUAUCUCACUCAAAACUUUAACAUUUAUACCUACAAUAUUUUCAUCUUUAUCUUCGAAUAUUUCCUUCCGGGCGGUAUCAUCAUAAUUUCUUACGUGUUCAUCGUGAAGGCCAUCUUCGCUCACGAGGCCGCUAUGCGCGCACAGGCCAAGAAGAUGAACGUGGCAACCCUCCGCUCCGGCGAAUCCGACUCUCAGCGUGCAGAGAUCCGUAUCGCUAAGACAGCCCUUGUCAACGUUUCUCUGUGGUUCAUCUGCUGGACUCCCUACGCUAUCAUGAGUCUGCAGGGUGUGAUGGGCCACAUUAGCAACAUCACUCCCCUCGUCAGCACCCUUCCCGCCCUGCUGGCCAAGUCCUGCUCCUGCUACAAUCCUUUCGUGUACGCCAUCAGCCACCCCAAGUACCGUCUGGCCAUUACCCAGCACAUGCCUUGGUUCUGCGUGCACGAAGUGGAACGUAAGAGUACUGAUGACUCUCAGUCUAACUCAACUGUAGCUCAGGAAAAGGCCUAACCAGUAGGAUAUCGACUGAAACGCCACAAGAUACGAAAACGAACUCCUGACACGUUACGAUUGAAACCUUCGAUUAUCCGACAAUGAGCACGACGCCUCAUCGAACCCUACGUCCUUAAAUCCCCCAAGAACGAGAGGCCUCUUGGUAUAUUUCAAUAUCAAUAAAUCCUAGCAAAUGUU